AUGCCUGGGGGGCGAACAGCUCAUUCUCGAUUCAAGAUCCCGUUAAAUCUGGAAAAUAAUUCAAUGUGCAAUAUCAAGCAACAGAGUGGAACACCGACAGCCCAACUACUUCGUCAGGCCAAAUUAAUCAUAUGGGAUGAAGCAUCAAUGGCGAAGAGGCAAGCAGUCGAAGCACUGGAUCGAACACUACAAGAUAUUACUACUGUGAGUCUGCCAUUCGGGGGGAAAGUAAUGGUUUUGGGAGAUCCUUGGUUUUCACACUUUCUACUACGAGUUGGUGACGGAAAUGAAGAAGUAAGUGAGGGAAAUUUUAUUCGGAUUCCUGAUGACAUGGCGAUUCCUUAUUCUGAUGCUGCAAAGUCUAAAGAGGAGCUAAUAGAAAAAAUAUUUCCGAAUUUGCAAAUUAACCGAGGUUCCCCAGACUAUGUCACUUCACAGGCUAUUUUAUCAACUAAAAACAAUUAUGUUGAUGAUAUAAAUAAUCAGUUGAUUGAAAAAUUUUGGGGAGAGGAAAAAGUCUACUACAGUUUUGACGAGGCAGAAGAUGAUAAGAAUAACUUCUACCCAAUUGAGUUCUUAAACACUCUUACAGUUAGUGGUUUGCCCCCAUAUUGUCUACGCCUGAAAGUUGGAUGCCCGAUUAUACUUAUACGAAAUAUUGAUCCCUCCAAUGGCUUGUGUAAUGGUACACGAUUAGUAUGCCGAGGUUUUCAACCAAAUGUUAUCGAUGGAGAAGUAGCCGUGGGCGAGCAUUCUGGAUAA